GAGAGAACAAAAAACGUGACAAGGCACCCAAAGCGGGCUGUUAUGCAACUACUGACCUACUAACAUACAUUCUGAGACGGGAAGAGAGAGAGGGAGAAUUGGAGCAAGUCACCAACAUAACAUGAGGACUCAGAGCAAAGGGGGAGACACCGAAUCCACACACUGAGACUGAGGUACCUUAGAUCCAGUGAGUGUUCUACCGUUCGGCAUAUUUCAAUUCAAACUUCGGAGACAAAAAGAAAGAAGCGAAAAUAACUACUGAACCGAAGCACGAUGCGGAACGAUAUGGAUUUGUAAUUUGAAAACACACAAAGAACGUCCCUUGUGAGCAGUGACACGAAUUCUGGGCCUGCAGACCCCGGCGAGGUGUCGAAAAUCCACAGGCAGACGGAGUGACCUACAUCUCGCGGGACGCCAGGAGCAGUGGGGCACAUCCCUGGAAGCACAAACCUCUUGCAAAGAUUUGAAAACAAACAAAAACCCUCCACAUUCUCCAGACUCCAGGAAUUCCUUCAGGCAGCUUUGACCCACUUUGCUGUGGAAAAAAAAGUUUGCAAGAAUCACUGUGAACCUCUUCUGUUUAUGGCAGGAGACUUUGCGUUGCCUAACCUAACCUUCAGAUAAAUGUGCGAGAUUUUUGUGGAGUUCCAUCUAUUCUUGAUCUUCCUAGCUAACGUAGACACUUGAACACAGUGAGAAAGGAAAAAGAAAGGAAAUUCCACAACAAACUCAAUGAGGUACCCUCUCAAAGGAACACAAAUACCUCAUCGGGAGUUUUUUGCUGAUCCAGCCACUUAGAAAUCCAAUCCAAAUCAAAAUAAGAAAAUAUUGCUUGUUCCACCUCACUGUUUUGUUUUUACAUUUUCAACAUAUUUCAUUUUCAAUGUCUGCUGAGUGCCAUCUUUCUAAUCUGGCCUCCAGUGAAGAACAAUGGAAAGCCUGAAUUUGCACGUCUCGACAUCCAGUUCCAACAACCUUGAAAACUUGGAGACUUUCUCCAGCUACAGUGAGAGCGUGCCCUCCCCCAACGUCAACCCCUCUCGCCAGGCCCGCGUGAUCAAGCCCAAGCCAAGCAACAUGACCUGCCGCCGCAAGCGCGAGUUCAUAUCCGACGAGAAGAAGGACGCCUCCUACUGGGAGAAGCGCCGCAAGAACAACGAGGCAGCCAAGCGCUCCCGGGAGAAGCGGCGGCUCAACGACAUGGUGCUGGAGAAUCGCGUCAUGGCGCUCAACGAGGAGAACGUGCGGCUGAAGACCGAGCUGCUGCAGCUGAAGCUCCGCUUCGGCCUCAUCAGCACCGCCUCCUACAUGGAAAAGAGUCAGCAGAUAGGCAGCAGCGGAGGCGGGGGCAGCUCCUCCUCCGGGAACGCCUACUUCUCCAGCAGCGGCUACUCCAGCUCCUCCCAGGUGAUGAUGAACUCGGACUCCUCGGAGGCGGAGCAGUCCACGAGGGGGGAGCGGCACACGCCGCUGCCCAAGUACUCCCCCCGCGGGUCCCUGUCCGACAUGUCCGACGGCUCCUCUCGGGACAGCCCCGAGCCCAUGAGCUACGACAUCAAGCACGAGGCAACCAUGGACAUGGGCGGGCUGGAGACCAACGUCGCCAGUGGCGUGUUCAACGUCCAUCGCGGCCUGGGGCCCUCACAGCUCCAUCAUGGCCAAGACUACCACCACGGUCACCACGAGUCCCACACCUCCCCUGCUCCCCCUGCUGCCACCCCCCAGAGGAGUGUCAUCCUGUACCGCUCCAGCAGUACCUCCUAUCCCGUCGACAGCCAGAGACCACAGGACAUGGAUCAACAACCAGCGCCACCUCAACAGGCCACUCCAUUCACACAUCUUACCCAGGCGGGCCAUGAAGCUGCCAAGCAAGAGAGCUCAGUGAGUGUGACAGAGGUGGCGAAGCAGCUGGAGAUGAAGACCUUAGACUCCCCGCGCUAUGAGUAUGCCAACGGUAGCACUGACGCAGGGGAGGGACAAGGGUUUGGAGCCAACCACCAGCAGCAGCAGGAGAGACAGGGGCAGUAUGCCUAUCAGAGUCAUGGUGCACAGAAGAACAGGGGCCUCAACUGUUUUGCCCCAGAUCUCCUUCACAGCAGUGAGGAGGGCGAGUCCCAGCCGUAUCAUCACCACCUCUCCUACCUCAGCCCCAUGGACGAGGAGCCGCCCGUGCUGACCUACGAGGGCGGCUCCGGAACCGAGGGGUACUAUCAAGAGCGCUCGUCCUCAGCCAAGGACACCUCCUCCAGCGACGGAGACCCCCGGAGCUCGGACAAAGAGGCCUCGACCGACGACGAGUCGCCUUCCUCCUCCAGCUCCGAGAUGGGAAGUUAUCACCAGCACCUGUCCGUGGCGCAGCUGGCCUCCCCGCGGCCCGACCCGCUGGCCGCUGCCUCCCACAACCAAAGCGAGGAGAACCAGGUGGAGGUUAAAGGCACCGCCCUGCCUCACAAGCUGAGGCUGAAGCACAGAGCACUGAGUAACGGAGGGGCUGGCACCCAGUACGACACCUCGCCCACCACGUCGGCUGCCCCAGCCUUACCGCAGCACCCCUACCUGGCCCUCACCCAGCAGACAGGUCACAGCUGUUAUAAGGAGACAGAGAACCGGUCGCCUGUGGGGAUCGGCACCCAAGAGGCACCCCCGCAAAAGGAGGAGGAGGCGAGGAAGGAGGGUGGGAAGAAGGACUCUAGUAGUCGGACCACCCGUAACAAGAGGCGUGACUGAGCAAGACAAGUGGAUUAAACAGUGUCUCUCACAUCAUCAUUCAAGAAAAAAAACUAGCCAGAAACUCCUUCCCACCCAGAUAUUUGAAGACCUCUUUGUCAAUAAUCAAGCAUCAUAAAUACCCUCACCAUCAGAAAGCAGGGUUCAUUAACUAAACUCCCAAAUGCAUCUGGUCUUAUGGGUGCACAGUCUUACAGUAUCAAAGGACAUUUCUCUGGCUUCCCCCCCCCAGUGUAUCCAAACAACAGAAGCACUUACAGAUCAGGCAAGCUGUGUGAGUGAGAAGAGGAAUGGAACUCUCCGUGUUCAUCUUCUGAUAUUUCACAAGAUGUAAAUGAGAGAUGAACAUUAGAAGUCAUUACAGCACAUUAAUUAACAUUUGAAAGAUAGGCUGCAACCCACACUUUGUGUGAUCUGUAAGGGCCCUUGAGACAGACACAGACUUAGUGGGUGGCCACAACAGAAGAGCAAGGAGUCCUGGGAACAUUCCCUGACCAAAGUUGUUACUCUGAACAAGAGUUCCAUCCUUCUUCCUCAACCCCAUCACUUCCAGUCUGCUAGUACCUUUUCCAUGUCAGCCCCAUCACCCUUUAAUUUUCAAGCACUUGGAUUGUAUCUUACUGUGAUAUAUAAAUAUACAUAUUAUAUAUAUAUUAUAUAUAAAUAUAUUUUAAGAAGAAAACAAAAAAGUUCAAACAAAAAAAAUAAAGACAGGAAACUGUAAAGGAGGGAGUGGACUUGAAAGGUCGUCAGUUUGUCCUUGUUGGAACCAUUGUACAGUCCUACCUUGUCUGUUGCAGCAAAUACCACUUAAAUUAAAAGCUUCCAAUGUUGUUUUUUUUAAGUUUCUUACUUUUUCUCUUGUUUACUGCACUAUGAACCACAGCUUUUAAAAGUACAGUGAUAGUUUUCCUCCUGUUCUCAGCCGCUCUGCCCAGAGCAGGGGCUCUCUGAGAGCGUUGAGGUCAACCCUGUUGGACAGUGCAGACUGGUUAAGAUGUCCACUUCAGUGCUCUAUCAUGCACUGUUGCUCACAAUGUCAUCUUUAAAGGACUAAAGACUGGGAGAUGUUCAGCUUAAAUGACUACACUCUGAAAAUAAUUCCAAAUAUUGUAAUGCUUUUUUUUUUUAUUAAAUACACAAAAAUAUGAAGUUGCCAUACUUCAAAUCACAUUUGAACCAGUGCCUUCCCAACAGGGUAUUAGAGAAUUUCCAGCAAGCCACCAGUCCACUGUGCUUUUACUGUAACUUAGCCCUGGUCUUUACACUUUCAGAUGUGUUUCCAUUUUUAUCUCAUUGUAUCUGUGCUUCUGUCAUGCCCAAAUAUGUAGAUGAGAGAGAAAAAAACAGCAUUUAAUCGGAAUAUGACCGAUUAAAACAAGUUAACUCAACAAAAAAAAAGUGUUUGUACGAGUAAAAUCAUUGAAUUCAAGAUGAAAUGGCAAUCACGAAAGGUGGGGGUCUCUGUAAAUAUAGGAAUACAGUAUGAUAUAAAACUGGACAAUGUUGAUAUAUAUGUGAACGUUAGUAGUUGCGCACACACACACACACUUCCUAGGAUGAACCAUACAGCUACACAAAGCAUUGCACUCAAAGUUCGACAAGUCAUGCAAUGACGUCCAGUGCUUUUUCACUGAGAUUAAGGGUUUGGUGACUGUUCUCAUACUACCUCAGUAGGAAAGGGCACCUUGUACUCUGCCAUUCAAGAGCUCUCACAUUUCCCUCUAUCUUUAGACAUAACCAAGUUCAGCUCCAACAGUUCCAGACAUUUCCACUGUUCCUGAUUGGUUCAUUUUCCACUGACAUAAGAGAUAAUGCAUGUAACAGUCACAAUAAUCAGGUAAAAAAAAAAAAAAAUUAAAUCACUCUUAUGAGUGGCAAAUAUUUAACUGGUUACCAGGACUGUCAUCCGGUACCGGACAGUCAAACUGUUUUUUUUUUUAAGUCUCCAAGGUGCCUCCCUGUAUUAUAGACCUAACCCUGUCCCCCACCUUUCUGUUUCUCAUGUUGGGUUGCAAUGCUAAGCCUGCACUGGAUCGUACAGUUUAUAAAGUCUGUGUUAAGUGUUUUCAUGUUUCAGGUGCCUGCCACUGGCCCUUGUGUAUAAAUGUAAAGUUUUUUCUC